AUGUCGGGCUCACGACAGCAGCCUGGACUGGCUUGCGAGGAAUGCCGCAAAAAGAAACUUCGAUGCGAUAGGCGACGGCCUCAAUGUGACCAGUGCGAGGAUUCUGGUACAGCCUGCCUUGUGAAUCAGGUUCGCUCACCAAGGGGCCCUAAGAAGGGACAUCUCAAGGCUUUGCGGAAUCGCAUCGCCACACUGGAAAGCAUCAUAAAUUGUGACCAGGGACAUCUCAGUCCCAAGGAAGUGUUGGACGGCAGUGAGAAAUAUCACUCCAACGAGCCGGCCCAAAUGUUCGGCCCGCCCCAAGAAUAUAUCCCCAAUCCCACGAAGUCCGAAUGUCGUGACAUGGCCUACUCCAUUGAGGCAUCAACACUAACCUCACCAAUUACACCAAUAACCCCACCUGAUAAUGAGAGCUCAGAUAUAAUCGAGGCAGAUCUGGACCAACUAUAUUUCGACAGAGUACACCCUGUCGUCCCGAUGCUCCACCAAGGCCGGUACUUCUCCUGGUCGCAGAGAUUCAACAAACCAGCUUCUCACAUGUGCUUGCAAUUUGCAAUGUGGGCACUUGCCGCGGCCUCGUCCGCCCAUUUACAGCACAUGCGGGAGAGUAUCUACACCCGCGCACGGUCUGCGAUUGAGGCUCUCGACCACGAUAUUGAAUUUAGCAGUGCGGCCUGUCUCCAGGCAGCCCAAGCAUGGCUUCUUCUAACGCACUACGAGUUCCGCUACAUGAGCUAUCGCCGAUCAUGGCUUACCGCAGGACGUGCCUUUCGCAUUAUCCAACUCGCCAAAUUGCACGAGUUUGAUCGGCUCAAUGACAUUAGCAUAAACAUGGCCCACCCAGAAGCAUGGGCCGAGGCCGAGGAAAAGCGACGGACCUACUGGCUCGCAUAUUGUCUAGACCGGUUCCUCAAUAUCUCUGACGAGUGGCCUCUAAGCCUACAUGAGGAAGCUCUCUGCGUAUAUCUCCCUGUCUCGGAGUCAGAUUUCCAACAUAGCAGGCCAGUCAUUAUGGACUCCUUAUAUGACGAGAUCGAGGCCUCCGGACAGAAAAUGCUACCGCCUUUCGCGGAGACAAUCGUCCUGAUCACGCUAUGCUGGCACAGCGUUGCAUUCCAGCGAGCCGCCCACAGUGACAAAACAUCUCCGACAGACGGAGAUACCUGGAAGCGCCAUACCCGGCUAUACCAAAUGGUACAACAGCGGCUGAUGCUGGUCUCACUUCCCCCGUCCUCGCCCGAACUCCAUGACCCUAUGCGUCUCUUCACAAAUAUGCUCGCCAAUGCCGCUGUAAUAUGGUUCUACAAUAUCAUGGAGGCCCUGCACGUGGAAAUCGAUGAUGAAAUCAUCCUGGUUCCCCUUUACUCCGCGUACGAGAUAGUAGGUUUGGCGAAGCCGCUCACCCGAUCCAGCUUUUUCAAGGCGCAUGCGUUUUCUCCCAUGCUACUCUAUCUCUCGGCAAAGUUUCUCAAGACACAUGCCGAUCAACUGAGUACGUGUGUCUCCGCGUCGGAGGAUAAACAGCAGAAGUGGGAAGAUUUGAAAAAGGCUUUACGGGUUUUGCAGGGUGGGAAUAAUUUGGCUAUUAGCUACUUGGAGCUACUCGACUCGGACUCGGACGCGUUUCAGAAAUUGUGCAACCUGUCGGGUGUUCAAGGGUGUACUAUGUCUGAAGUCCCAGGUCAGCCAGAGCCAUCGUUCUUUUUGGAUGUUAUGAAACUUUUUUAG